GCGUCUGGGAAAGUACGGGUGGUUCCGUCUGAGACCCUGUUCCGGGAGGGAAGACCUCUGCUGGGGGGUUCCAGCCUGGAGGAUCUGGGUCCUGAAUGGAGGCCCCAGGGAAGACGCCUCAGUGUCCGGGAGAGGCCGGCCCCCUGGCAGAGCCCGAGUCCUGUGGGUGCCUCCAGGGCCACUGUGGCUUGUGCUCCUGACUGGCGCCAGCCCCGUGAAGGCCCCUCGGCAGCCGCGCCCCAGCCCUUUCCCAGCACCCGCUGCUGAUGGUGGCCUGGGGCUGGGGUGCAGCAGGCUGCCGCCCGCUGGCCCCAUGGCGGCUCUCGGCGAUGGCUCCCUGAUGUGGGUGGGCGACCUGGCCCUUUGACGGUGCAGGUGGUGCAGACCGGGCCCUGCACCUGCUCUGUCCUGCUCAGCACCCCCAUGGAUGCAAACCACAAGGGGCGACUUUUCCUCCAAGGCCGCUGCUGACUGACCUCAGUGGACGGCCUCCCCAGGGCGCGGCAUUGGGAGCGCGAGCCCUUCCGGGACGGCUCCGGUUACGCUGGCGGAGGCUGCGCUCCACAUCCUGUAAGCAGAAGGACACUUGGAAAACUUGGUAGCUUCCAGCCACAGCAGCAGUUUCACACCUGCCCCUCAUGGGACUGUCCUGGUCCCCGUGGGAAAAGGUUAGCAGCAUGGGAGCUGAAGCUGGGCAGAGGGGACCCGCAGAACCACCCAAAGAGCCCUGGUCUGUGACCCACAACAUUUCAGGGACAGAGCAGGGACCUGCCGACCUUACCACGGUUUUGUUUGCUUGCUUUGGAAUGUGCUUCGUUUCCAGGGUAGCCUUAUCACGAUUUCUGACCACAUCUCACGGAAAGGGCUCUGGUUCGGGGUUUCUGAAGUUUAACUCUUAGCAGCUGUCCCUGCUCUUGGUUCUGUCCCCCGUCUCUGCGUGGCUGGCACCGGACUACAGUUUUCCUUGGUGUGAACACAGCGGUCUGAGGCAGCUGGUGCUUUGGCCCCUGCCGAAUGCGUUCGUUAUGGUUACAUGUGGUCAGGGAACGUGAGGGCGCUGUCCACUGUAGACCGGAUCCGAACCGACGGCCUCGGUGGGAAGACUUGUCGCCAAGCUGAGCCAGGCAGGAGGGUCGCUGUGGCUCAUGGAGAGCGAGUGAACCCUGAGUUGGACGCAGCCGUGCUUCCCGGUUGGGUUUUGACGUUUCCAGCUGACCGAGAGCGCGCGUGAGAAUGUCGCGGUGCCGCUGCCUCUGGCCGGUCUGGCGCUUGCCAAACUUGCGGAGGGAGUUGCAGCCAUCCCGGCACGCCACCCGGAAUGCCCUUGUCUCCAAAGAAGAGGCAGAAGGGGACUCUUCUGAGCACCGCACGCCACCACUGACCGCAUCUAGGACAGGGCCCAGGCCGGUCCCUGCGCACCAGCCCCCCCAACGUGCCCCCAGUGGUCUGUGGCAGUGAUUUCUCCAAACCAGAAUCGAGUCCAGGUCAUUAUUGGCCAUUAUGUGUCUUUAGUUUCUUUUCUUCGGGGAAAACUGGUUCCGUGACGUGGACUUUUGAAGAGACCAGGCGGGUUUUCUCACGAGUGCCUGGUGUUCUGGAUUUGUUCCGCGCUGUGUCGUUUGGCUUGUCCCUCUGUCCCCCCCUCACGUGUGCUGUGGCCUGGUGCUGAGAGGUUCGGCUGGAGUCAGGCGACAUGUUUUCAUGAAGGCGACGCUUGCUACCUCCUGCCGCACCAUCCUGGGGGCUGUCCUGCCGGCACUGAUGCCGCCUUCCCCGUGUUCUUUAUUUUAUCUGUCCCUCAUCUGGGCGCCCCGAGAUGAGAGGACAGAUGCUGAACCCUGCCCCUUUGUCACCACUUGUGGGGGGAGCGGCGCUCCUCGCGUGUAGCUUCACGGUGGCAAAUGCUUCUGGUUUUCGUUUCUUUCUUGAAGGUCAGUGCGGAGUAAUGGGUUUUUAUGUGUUCCUUGUGUGAGGGUCUGUGUGUGUUUGGAUGUUCACACGGUUGUAGCUGAGAGCUGGGCGUCCUGCGUGGGCUCCCGACCUCCUGCGGCGGCGGCGCUCCAAGAGCGCUUCUCUGGCCCCUCGCCCUCCCGCCCCGACCUGCUGGCUGCGGCUGCUGCCGCGCCCAAGCAGAGAAGCGUCGCCGUGUGCUCUGUGCUGCCUGCUGCGGCGGCUGUAGGUGCCCCGCCGAGGGACAGAGCUGGGAAAUGUUUUUUAAAACAUGGCGAUGCGAGAGGGUCGUCCUGCUGCCGAGAUGACAGCCGUCCAGUCUCCAGGAGAAGAUGCAGGUCUGCGCUGCGUCAGUGCGUGUCUGCGUCGAGAAGCGGGUCGCAAUGGGGCUCCCGGCAGGUGGUGGCCCGCGCCCUGAGGCGAGCUGGUGUGCUCCCCGCGUGCCUGCCCCUUCGGUGGGGUUCAUGGUCUGCUGCGCUCCUUCGCAUUCAAAAGAUGGAGCUCAUAUUCCACGGCUGAAGAUGGUGGACGUUUGGCGGCACAGAUGAGCCUUCGGAUCAGGUUUUUACUCAUCUCCGACGACGCGGCCCGAGUAGUUAUGGUCAAUUAUGGAGAAUAACCAGGAAACUCAUCCCAAAAGGGAUGGUGAAUUGGUUUCUGAUAAAAUAAAUUUUAAAAUAGAAGAGGAAGAUGGUGUUCGCAUCCCUAAUCACAGUCUGGAAGGAGUGGCGAUUAAGAGGGAGCAGGACAGGCCCGGGGCGGAGCGAGGUGGGGAGCAGACAGAGGCAAGGGAGGCAGGCGGGGACCGCGAGCCCCCCGGGCAGUGCCUCCCCGCCGACCAGGAGGAGGAGUACGGGGCUCUGUUCUCCCAGUACAGCAGCACACUGUACGACGUGGCCAUGGAGGCCGUGACGCAGAGCCUCCUCUCGGGCCGGGGCGCCGGCUCCAGGAAGAAGUCGCCGGCCUGGAAGCAUUUCUUCAUCUCCCCGCGGGACAGCACGAAAGCCAUCUGCACGUACUGCAUGAAGGAGUUCAGCCGAGGGAAGAACGAGAAGGACCUGAGCACCAGCUGCCUCAUGCGGCACGUGAGGAGGGCGCACCCCACCGUGCUGGGCCAGGAGACCGGCGGCGGCGGGCCAGCCCUGCCCUCCCUGUCGCCCCCGCCUCUGCGGCUGCCGCCACCGCCCGCCGACGCCGGAGACCUGGGCGCCGCGCGCUCACCCCUCAAGCUCGCCCCAAAGCUGGCGUCCAAGGUGCCGUCCCCCGACGACGUGACGGAGGAGCCUGUGGUCCCCUCCGAAGACGUCCCCCCAGACACGUCUGCCCCUGACAGGUACGGGCGGGAGGAGUCCCUGGGGGGGCCGCCGCACCUGCCCCCGCUGCCGGGCGAGGAGAGCGCGGAGAACGGGCUGGAGAGAAACCCGCCGCUCCCCAAGGGCACGUCCGGGUCCCGCAGGCGGUCGGCUGUGUGGAAGCACUUCUACCUGUCGCCGCUAGACAACUCCAAGGCCGUGUGCGUCCACUGCAUGAACGAGUUCAGCCGGGGCAAGAACGGGAAGGACCUGGGCACCAGCUGCCUCAUCAGGCACAUGUGGCGGGCGCACCGCUCCAUCGUGCUGCAGGAGAACGGCGGGGGCUCGGGCAUCCCGCCGCCGUACGCCGCGCCCCCCACGCUGCUGCCCGCCCUGCCGCCUCCCGACGGAGACCCGAGCUCCGUGGCGUCCUCGCCCGGGCAGCCGGCCCGGGUGUCCCCCUCGGCGUCCUCCUCGCCGGACCGGCUGCCCGAGGAGCUGCAGGUGCGUCUGAGCGUCGGCGACGCGCUGGCGGAGGACACGGCGCCGGCCUCGGACAACGUGGGCGCGGCCUCGCUGGAGUCCUCUCCCGAGAAGCUGCAGGCUGGCGGCCUGAGCCCUGGCCCGCUGGACUGUGGCGCUGGGUCCCAGCAGAGCAAGAAGGUGAUAAAGAGGCUGAAGUCGGAGGUGUGGCAGCACUUCUCGCUGGCGCCCACCGACAGCCUCAAGGCCGUGUGCCGACACUGCGCCUGCGUCAUCAGCCGGGGCCGCAGGGGCGACGUGGGCACCAGCUGUCUGAUGCGGCACCUGUACCGCCGGCACGCGGACGUCGUGGGCGCCCCAAAGGGCGCGCUGGGCGCCAGCCUGGCCAACUCCCCCUACGCCACGUUGGCCUCUGCGGAAGGCGCCGCUUCCAGAUCGACUGACCUGCCCUCCCUGGUCCCGAGAAACAGUCCGGUCCUCUUUCCUGUGAGCAGCAAGAAGACCUCCAAGCUGUGGAACCACUUCUCCAUCUGCUCCGCGGACCCCACGAAGGUCGUGUGCCUGCACUGCGGCCGCACCAUCAGCCGGGGCAAGAAGCCCACCAACCUGGGCACCAGCUGCCUCCUGCGCCACCUGCAGCGGUUCCACAGCGGCGUGCUCAAGGCCGAGGCGCCCCGGGUCGCGCGGGCUUCCUCGCCCGGCCCGCGGGGACCCCUGAGCGCCCAGCUGCCCGGAGCCGCCUCCUUUGAAGACCCCAACGAGAAGUUCUACGAUUCUCAUCCCGUUGCCAAAAAAAUCACGAGUCUCAUAGCUGAGAUGAUUGCACUUGACCUCCAGCCAUACUCCUUCGUCGACAACGUUGGCUUUAACAGGCUGCUCGAAUACUUGAAACCUCAGUACUCUGUGCCCUCCCCGUCCUACUUCUCGAGGACGGCCAUCCCAGGGAUGUACAAUAAUGUGAAGCAGGUAGUCCUGUCGCACCUGAAGGAGGCGGAGAGCGGCGUGGUCCACUUCACGUCCGGGAUCUGGAUGAGCACGCAGACCCGCGAGUACCUGACGCUCACCGCCCACUGGGUCACCUUCGCGUCGUCGGCCCGGCCGUACCGCGAGGACCACCACGGCUCGGCCCUGCUGGACGUGUCGCAAGUGGACUGCGACUACAGCGGCAGCAGCAUCCGGAAGCAGCUGGAGGGCUGGUGGGAGGCCUGGGUGACGUCCAGCGGCCUGCAAGUGGGCAUCACGGUCACCGACAACCCGAGCAUCGGGAAGACGCUGAGCGAGGGGGAGCGGGCCGGCGUGCAGUGCUUCAGCCACACGGUCAACCUGGUGGUCAGCGAGGCCCUCAAGAGCCAGCGCAUGGUCCAGAGCCUGCUGAGCACCGCGCGGAAGCUGUGCGAGCGGGUGCAGCGCUCGCCCCGGGCCAAGGAGAAGCUGGCGGAGCUGCAGAGGGCCUACGGGCUGCCGCCGCACCACCUCCUGCAGGACGUCCCGUCCAGGUGGAGCACGUCCUUGCACAUGCUCGAGCGGCUCGUCGAGCAGAAGCGGGCUGUCAACGAGGUGUCGGUCGAGUGCGGCUUCCGGGAGCUCAUCAGCUGCGACCAGUGGGAGGUAAUGCGGUCCGUGUGCCUCGCGCUGAAGCCCUUCGACGCGGCCGGCCGGGAGAUGAGCGCGCACGCGUCCACGCUCAGCCAGGUCAUCCCCAUGAUUCACAUCCUGAACCGCAAGAUCGAGAUGCUCUUCGAGGAGACCAUGGGCAUCGACACCAUGCUCAAGUCCCUGAAGGAGGCCAUGGUGAGCCGGCUGGCCGCCACCCUGCGCGACCCAAGGUACAUCUUGGCCACGCUGCUGGACCCGCGCUAUAAGGCCUCCCUGUUCUCGGAGGAGGAGGCGGAGCAGUACACGCGGGACCUGAUCCGGGAGCUGGAGGCGCUGAACCCUACCUCAGACAACACGCCCAUCCCCAACGGCUGCGACGCGGGCGCCCCCUCGCAGGGCACGAUCGGGGAGGAGAACCUGUGGUCCCUCAUGGCCAAGAUGACGAAGAAGGGCCCCCGGGAGAAGACGAAGGUGCCCGAGGACAUGGUGCUGGCCUACCUGGAGGAGGAGGUGCUGGAGCACGGCUGCGACCCCCUCACCUACUGGAACCUGAAGAAGGCGGCCUGGCCGGGCCUGGCCGCGCUGGCCGUGCGGUUCCUGGGCUGCCCACCGAGCAUCGUCCCUUCUGAAAGGCUCUUCAACACACCCACAGAGAACGGCAGCUUCGGCCAGUCCAGGCUCAUGACGGAACAUUUUGAAAAACUCAUCUUUUUGAAAGUGAAUCUUCCCUUGAUAUACUUCCAGUAUUGAAGCUCGCAGCGGAGCCGCCGUCGCCGGCCACCGUCGCUGCCCGGGCGCCCACUGUCUGUCCCGGGGAGGCGGCGUGCCCCGGCGGGCCCCCCACCCCGUCCAGCGUCACUGUAAUGCCUACGUGUGCCUUACUGCCGGUGCCGCAGCCGGGCGUCGCCGCGGGCCUCCCACGGCCUGCGAGGGAGAGCCUGUCUUGCCGCCGCCGAUGAAAUACGAUGAUUCGGGUUUCACUCCCAACUGUAACGUGUUUUUUAAAAGUGGGGGCUUAGUAAUGUGUUUUACUAGAACGGCAGAGGAGAUGUGAGCAGUUUUAUUCUGUAGGCUUUUUAUUCAAUUAUGUAAAAACCACAAAUCAGGUACUGUAUUUUAGUUUAAGAAUUGCUUUAAUUCAACACAGCAGCUUUUGUGGCUGUUUAAUGAAAUCUGUAAAUAAGAGGUGGAGUUCAAGCCAUCCUGGCUGAGCAGGUUCUAACUGCAGGCUCUAAAGCGUGUCGAGUACAGAACAUUCUGGAACAUGGUGUUGGCUGCCACGGAGGUGCGGCGUCGGAAGAGGAAAGUAACCUCAGACGCGUCCCGCCGUGCCAGUUCUGUAGUGACUGGGUAGAGAGAGCGUCCCGGUCUGUGCUUCUGCUGCAUUCAGGUUUUACAUGGUCGACCUCGGCCAGAGCCCCGGACACCUGCUGUCGAGCCCACGCGCCAGGGGCCCGCACGCAGCGGUCCUGCCGAGGGCGCCCGACCCUCGGACCUGCUGUCUCGACACCAGGGAGCUAUCUUUGGAAAUUUGUGCACUGACCCCACUGACCCCAAUUUGAUCAAAUUAUGUAUAAAACUGUUUCUAGAAGAGACGGCUCGUUAACAGGGAGGAGGUUGUUCCAUUGCAGUUGUAAGAGUAG